GUCGGACUCCAUGUUGACAUCCCACUGCCUCCUUCAGCUCAGACACACUCGCCUCCUCCUGCAGCUCCAGCACCUCACCUGGGCCCAGGUUGUACCGCACAAACACUGAGGACACACAGGAGAGCCAGUGAGUGAGCUGCGGUGCACUCUGGGUAGUGUAGUCCCGCUGCGCGCACACAAACCAAAGACACAAGGGGCCAACGUCACAUCGCAGAACUACAGCGCGGUCACACAGGAAUGACGUAACGGAGUGGCACCGGAAGUGGAGCGGCCUACAGGGGACACACACCGGAACACACACCGGAACACACACCGGGACAGACACCGGGACACACAACGGGACACACAACGGGACCAGCGGAACCAGCAGCACGGUGGUGAAGCUGGAGUCGGGUGAGUCGGCUCUGACCCCAUCACACUUCACUGAGCUUCACUUCCUGCGCUCGAGGGUUCGAGAGCUGGAGAGAGAGAAAGCAGAAGUGUCGGCCGAGAACCAGAGACUGAAGAACAUGUUGGUCCACGAAAUCCCUGGACUUCUUUCCACCAUGUGGCAGACGAUGGGGCAGAUCAACAGCCACCCCUGCGUCUCCACGGCAGCAGGCCGAAGUGAAAGCUACGCUGCGUAUCACCUCUCAGCGACCAAUCAGGACGGACCUUUCAGCCCUCAGGUGCAGCAGCCGGCCCUGAGCGUGGAGCUGUCCGGGUCCUGGGGUCCGCUGGGCUCCGAGGACGAGGACGGACCUGGAGCCAGCAUGGGGCUGGGGAGUCACAUGGGAGAGGAGGAGUCCCUCUGUAGCCAGGCUGACAUGGAGGAGCUGAGGAGGAGCCAGUGUUCCAUGGGAGACGCACCAGGAGAAGGGAGCCCGGUGGAGGUGUUUCCAGGCUCUGGCGUGCUCUGUGAUUUCCGGUGGUGGCAGGCAGCCAAUCAGGCACAGUCUCCCACGGCAAUGGCCCGGACACUGUUGCUGGGUGUGUUUGAUAUGAACACGCUGAUGAACAGUAACCUGAGGGGUGGGCGGAGCCGCCGGCCUGCCUUCCACCCUCAACGCAGUGCACUCGACCCGCACAGGAUCAACGCCAUCUUCAACGCCAUCUUGACUCGGUUUCCUCUUGCUAAGAAAGGAGUCAUCGGCUCAGGGAUCAACUCCAAACUGUCUGAGAUCCGAUUCCGCUCUCGCAGAGCCAAUCAAGAUGCUCCUCUGACAGACAGCCGGCCCCGCCCGCCUCACUGAAACCACGUCUACACAUCUGAAUAGAAAACAUCAAAAGUAGUUUUAUUUAUAUUUUUCCUGCAAAAAACAGAAACUGAUUUAAAUAAAGUAACAGAAACUGAUUUAAAUAAAGUUGAGUUUGAAAUAAACCGAUGAAAAUUAACACAACA